UACCAUUGCUCAAGUUGGAUUUUAAUGGUGCAAUCGUUCAUUUCUAAACUGGACAUUUGCCUUACGGCGAAAACUAAUUGAUUUGUUGUUUUUGUUUUGGAAAAAACUGUUAUAUCUUUGCUCAAAAUAUUGAUCAAUUCCUGAGUAUAUUCAGACACCCCUCGUCGGCUGAGGUGACGAUUUGUGUGAAAACCCGCGUGUCAAUAGAAGUAGAAAUCCACUAUCAUUGAUCCAGGGUACGUGUGGAUAAGGAGUUUUGAACCGGCAUAUUUUGCAAUAAAGUUUUAAUCGAGUACUUGGUGAUAUUCAAAAGCUGAUGAUGAAGUACUUAAGAUGGUAGCUAACAUUUAAUAGUGCGAAGAUCCGCUCAAGCGUCAUCUCCUGUUCUACUUGAAUCCUAAUGACGACAGAAACGACAACAAGUUCUUUGGAAAUAUACAAUGAUGAUUGUAACACUGCAAUUAUUGUGGUUUUUGUUUUGUUUUCCUCAUUUUCUAUUAUGAUAAACCUGUUUACAGUUAUCAGUAUUGCAAGACAUUGUGCCAUCUCCGUGUGUACAUUACUGGCUUGCUGCUUAUCUGCAGUCGAGCUGUUGAAUGCAUUUGCAUGUGGAGCAACAACUUUAUACUCGUACUUAAAAACAAGCGAUAGUUUUGAAAGCAGUUCAGUGCUUUGUAACUUUUGUGCUUGGGUGAAUGUGGCGUUUCGUAUCAUGGCCACUUUAAUAGUAACGUUUCUUGUUUUUGAUCGAUUACUUCUAUCGCUUCGUCCUAUGCUUUAUGUCAAACAAUGGAGCUCUUUCCGAACUCGAUGGGUCGUACCAUUAUCGGUAUUUGUCGUCGGUGCAUUGCUUGCUUCGUUGCCUUUCGCCAACUCUUCGUACAGUAUCUCGCCGGAUGGUGGGAGAUUUCAUUGUUUGUUUGAUUAUACCGGAUCAUUUGCAAUCUUCUAUAUUGUAUUUCAUUUUGUUCAAUCGUUUGGUGGAUUCGCAAUCAUCCCGUGGGUGGUAUCGAGAGAAGACGGUGUGGACGCCCGUCUUAGUGUUCUCGUCGUAGGAGAAAUGGUUGUUUGCAGAAAAGGAGAUGAUAUAGUUAAAAUUCGAGAGAGCUUAAAAAUCAGUCGACUAGUUGGUGCUGUAGUGGUGUUAUAUCACGGAUGCUCUGCGUUCUUUCCGAUUAUUCUAUUAUUGCGAUUACUUCAUGUUGAUUAUCCAGCGGUAGUUGGUCUAAUAGCAUUACAACUGCCUACGUACGGAGCUAUGUUUCUACCUAUUGUGUACGGCUUUACAUGGAAACCGUAUAGAAGAGCCUAUUACGCUUCAUUUUCUUGUCUAUUUCCUCCUUUAUCUAAACAAAUGAAGACAAGAAGGAUUCGGUCUAUUUAUAAUCCUGCAUUCCGUGAGACGAGAGAAUAUGAUGCGAAUAGUAUCCUGCAUACUCGAGGAGUGAGCUUACAUCAAAGUACAAGUCAAUUUGACAUGAGUAGCACUGUACCAUCAAGUUCUGCGCCGUCUGAUCCCAUAGAAUUGGACCCCAGUCAGCUAACCACACAUGCCGAACCCACCUCCUUCCGACGACGACCCGAUCUCUUACCGAGGGCAAAAUCUUUUCAAGAACAAUAUCGUUAUACCCCAACAAAGUUUCAAAGCAUUUUCGAAAUAAUCGAUGCUUUGUCGGAUCCACGUCGGAACGCAAAUGACGAAACCUCGGAUCUUUCCGACACGGAGGAAUCCAGGAUUGAUAGCUUGGGUUCAUCAGGACCAUCUUCUCCAGUUCAUCUGAACGAGGUAUCUUUAAAAGUAGACGCAACUGAUGUGUUCAGUGGGGUAAAUUUCUCAGCCAUAAAUGUAUCAUCAUGGCCAAACAGUACCAAGGUUAUAAAUAAAUCAAGAUUGCGUGCUGAACGCCCGGACUCUUUCAAAGGUUUUCAUUUUAAAGAAAGUUAUAAGGAACAAAACCGGAACGAUACGCAAACUGAUGGUCCAAUUCGAUUUACAGAUUUAAAGAAGACGAGGCCUGAUCCAAAAGCUCAGUCCGCUGUAGAUGAGCGCCAAGUUAAUGGUGAAAAUAGGUUUUUAAGAUACCUUGCAAACGAAAGUUAUGUAAGCAAUAAGGAGUAGUAACUUAGAUAUGGUUUUAUAAAAUACCAUUCAAAUUCUGUACAUCAUGUUCUCAGUAUUAAAUACAAAUCAAUG